GCGCGUCCGCGCGCGCGAUGGCGGCGCGCCGCCUCGUGCUCAACGGGCUCACGGCGGAGGUGUCGGGCGCUGCGGGCGCUGCGGGCGACGCGGGCGCCGCGGGCGCGGCGGGCGCGUCGCCCGAGUUCUACCACGAGCUGGAGCUGUACCGGCAGCUGCUGGCGCUGCCCGAGGCGCCGCGCCGCAGCCGCACGCCCGACCCGCCGCCGCCGCGCAGCAGGCACGGUGCGUACUGCGUAGGUGAGGCUGGAGCUGUACCGGCAGCUGCUGGCGCUGCCCGAGGCGCCGCGCCGCAGCCGCACGCCCGACCCGCCGCCGCCGCGCAGCAGGCACGGUGCGUACUGCGUAGGUGA